UAUCCACAUCUUCACGACAGCUACAAUGACCAGAAACUAUCCGACAUUGUCCUUUGCUUCGGCGACGACAAGAUUUACGCUCAUAAAAUCAUCUUGAAGGGUGUAUCCGGAGUCUUUCACACAGCAUUCAACAGCCAGCUGCCGGUUGCAACUCAAGAUACCUAUCAAGUUGAGGGCUAC